UUUCCAUGCGUGCUGCAGAUGCCCAAAUUCCUUGUCUCUCCUAUGCUACACAAUCCCAGCCAUCUCCAUAUGCAUGUCCACUCAGCCCACCUCAUUCCCAUGCGCAUGCUGGACAAUAUAUCCUCAGCCAUCUCCAUAUGUUAUGCAAUUCUCGACACUUCCUUCUCCUGCGUGCUACACCAUCAUAGCUCAGCCAUUGAUCUCCAUAUGUACGUACGUGUUCUGCACCCAUGCUGCAGAUAUCCACCUUGCUAGCUCCAAUUCUCCUGCGUGCUGGAGAUAUCCUAAGCCAUCUCCAAUCAGAUCCUUCUCCUGCUGUGUGCUACAAUUCUCUCCAGCCAGCUGUAGGAUCUCGAAUCAACAUUCGACUCUCAGCAUCAACAUUCAGCAUGAACAUUCGACUCUCAGCAUCAACAUUCAGCAUGAACAUUCGACUCUCAGCAUCAACAUUCAGCAUGAACAUUCGACUCUCAGCAUCAACAUUCAACUCUCAGCAUCAACAUUCGACUCUUAACAUCAACAUUCGACUCUCAGCUUCUGUUUUUUUUUUUUUCCUGUUAAUAUUAAUUCCCUUGAAAACGCAUUGUAUGAAAUAUUUUUGUAAAUAUUAUAUUAUUAAUUAAUUAGGUAUCAAUUU